GGCAUUUAUUUCAAACUAUCAUUGGAGAGACGUUACGCUUUGUUAUCAUUUUUCUGGAUAAAACAUUUUAUUGCCAGCCCAAUUUKCCGCUUCUGGAAAAGUAAUAAGUACAAUUUUCAUAAAAUUAUUCAUAAAAAGACGUUGAAGCAAAAAAAAUAUUCUGCGCAGGAGACGAGUGAAGUCAAGGAGAUUCUACGCGAAGAAAUCUGGUGCGUUUGAAUGUGUACUACUGAUGCGAUGGUCGUCUUGCAGCUCGUUAGAGCUUUUACGCUUUUAAUAUCUCCCGAGAACAUCAUUUAAGGGAUACAAUGGUGAUUUUGUAGUGUGGGAGUGCUAUUAUUUGUCCUGGGGACAUGCGAGCAUUUAUAAUAUGCAGUCAAUUGGUGUUAGAUCAGUUGAUUUGUGCCGUGGACCCGGUGGCUUUGGUUUUACCCUUUCUAGCCAGGGGCCUUGUGUACUAAGCUGUAUUUUAGCUAGUUCUCCUGCUCACAAGGCCGGCUUACGGCCUGGUGACCAAAUACUGUUCGUAAAUGGAAGUUCAGUGGAGAAAUUCCCGCAUGAGCAAGUAGUCAAGUUGAUUGCUCGUUCACCAAAUGGUAUCGUGAAUCUUGGUGUGCGGAACCGUGCUGAUUCUACUGAGGAUCUAACCACACWAAAGCCAGCAACUAAUAAUCGCACUGAAACGGAGACUGCAGUCAACGAGAAUAUUCUAAAUAGUGUAGAUAAAGUUGUAGAAGAGCUGAAAUCAGGCCAGCUAACUCUUCACAAACAGCCACCUUUGCGCUAUGGCUCUCAUGAGCAAGCAAUCACUGAAGAUGAAAUUGUUAGCGAUGAAGAACUUAGAGCUUCCUUUACAGAAACCCUUCGAUCUGAGAGCUCUUGUGAUAGCGUAUUUAUAGACCACAAUCACUGUAUUGACAAUCGKCGUGCUAGCGAGGGAGACGGUCUACCUGGACUAUCUGCUCAUAAACGAUUACACUAUCCUGUUUUAUCUCCUUUGCAGAACGACUCCGUCACAGACACUGAAACUAAGUCUGAAGCAGAUCUAACGGCAGUAGUUGGGUAUUUAGGCUCCAUCGAACUCCCAGGGAAUUCCAGCUUGCAAAGUGCAAGUUURAACGCCAUUCGAAGUUGUGUGCGUCGAUUACGCGCGCAGCAAAAGGUUCACGUAAUAUUUUUAUUAGAGGUUUCAAUCAUUGGGAUUCGAUUGAUUGAUAACAAUGGCAAAACUGUCGUAACGUACCCUGCCAAGUCACUUGCGUUUACAGGAGUUUGCGCUGAUGAUAAAAGGGUUUUUGGUGUUGUGACAAAAAAAGUGAAUGAAGCACCUCGACCCAACAGCUGGCAUACCAAUGAUAUAAUAAUGGAUUCGUCUGCUUCUACUACUGUUACUUCUUCGUGUCAUGUGUUUACUGUCGACCCAGAGAUCUCCUUACAUGACAACCACACAAACAUAGCAGAACGAUUUCAUAUUGAAUGCAAACCAGUAAAUGACAAAUGCAAACAAUUCUUGGAAUCAUCUUCACCCAUUUUACAAGCUAUUGAUGAUCUUUUUAUUGAAAAAACUGAUUCUAUCUUGUAUAAUGAAAAGUCGGAGGGCUUGCAAUUCCAUUCAUCCACUCAGUCAAAAGAACAUGACAUUGAAAAUAUGAACAUUGAUUCGCCUUGUCAAAAUAUCGAAAUUGAAAGAUAUGGCAAAAAUGUCUUGGAACAAGAGGAAGUGCUCUUAAGAAAGGAAUCACAUGUAAAUGAAUGUAUUAUGGAAACACCAAAACACAGGAUACAUGUGAGAGUUACUGACUGCCCAGAAUCAAUUCCAAACAGUCAAUGGCCCUCUGUUAAUGAAGAGCCAUUUCGACACAGAGUUGUACAAAUUGAACAUGUUAAAACAUUUGUUAAAAGAGAUGAAAAUGCACUUGAAGAAAGUCAAGUUGCCAGAMAAAAUGAUACCUUUGUUACAAAGACAAAUUAUGAGACAAAAGAGARUCAUGAUGUUGUUGAAUAUUGUGGCGAGAACAAUCAAUCAGUGGAAAUCAUCAAAACAGAAAUACCUGAACCUAAUGGAGGUUCUCAAGAUUUACAAAUGUCAGCCAACAGCAAAGAAGAURAGAGUGCUGAUUCUAGGUUAUCCAAUUCACAUUUCUUUGUUAAUCCUACAAAGAGGCUGAGUCAUUCUGCUGAGAACUUGACGCAUAAUGAUUAUGAAACUGUUGUGUCAUGCAGCUCAAAUCUUAACCUUAGUCCAAGUGUAUGCUCCAGUACACAUAGUAUUCACAGCAUCAGUAGUUURCCAGGAGAUGUCUCUGCUAUUGAAGGACAAGCCUCUCGAUGGGCUCUUGGAUUUGAUAAACUAAUGGAGGAUCCUAGUGGCCUAAAAUGCUUCCAGGAAUUCCUCAAAAAAGAGUUUAGUGAAGAAAAUGUUGUWUUUUGGGUAGCAUGUGAGGAAUUCAGAAACCUUACCACAGAGAAAAAGCUUAAAGCAGAAGCAAUAAAUAUCUUUGAUACACAUCUCAGCUCCAAUGCAACAAUGCCUGUAAACAUUGAUAGCUCAGCCAUUAAACUUGCAGAAGAGAACUUGGCUAAUCCAACAAGUGACAUGUAYAGGCUUCAACAGCAUCAGGUGUAUACUCUUAUGAAGUUUGACAGCUAUCCAAGGUUCCUAAAGUCUGAUGUGUACCGACAAUGUCUUGUAGCUGAUAUGGAAGGUUUACCAUUUCCUUAUGAUGAGGAAAAGCMUGAUAAAGGAAAACUCUUUAAAAAGGGCAAUGGCCUUUCACUGUCCUCAGAAGAUUCAGAGUGUUCCAGUCUAAGCAGCCGUGGAAGCUACACUUUUGAAAUCAAGCGAUCAACCAAGGGUUGGGGUAGACGAAGCAGUAAGAAAAGCUCAAGUUCUUACGAUGAGCCAAAGACGCCAUCAGAAAAGAAAAGGUCAUUUCUUCCAUGGAAAGGAAAGCAGCCAAAGAACAAAGCUGUUAAUCGUCCGUUUGAUAGUCAACCAAGCAGCGCAAGAAGUUCAUUAUCGUCUUUAUCUGAUUCCUUUCCAAGCAUGAGUUACUCCAAUGAGUCACUUGAGGGUCGUCGUGAGAGUGACACCUUUCAGUUCUGCCGUGUAGUGAUGCCAGACCAUUCGUCAACUAUAAUAACCGCUAAACAAGGRCAGACUUUGCGGCAAGCCUUGACACAGCUCUGCGAUAGAAGACACAUGUCGUUUGUUACAACCGAGGUGUUUAUUGGAGGUUCUGAUAGGCCUGUACAGGAUAARCAGCUGGAUGCUGAUAUUGUCAGCAUGGCUGGGAAAGAGAUCAACCUCGAGCAUAGAUCAUUAUUCAGGGUCGAACUAUCUAAAGGACUGGCAUAUUUGGUAAAGGCUAGACCUGAUCAGUCAAUAYUUGAGAGUAUUGAACCCUUACUGGCUCGCUUUAAUAUGGAAUACUCCAGUGUAAMCUUACACUUGGUUGAUUGUGAAGUACCUUUGGACAGUGGAAUCCCAGUGGCCUCAAUUGAAAAUCAAUAUAUUAUCAUAGAAAGCAACAAUCAGCUGACUGCCAACAACAAUGGUCCACCAAAGAUCAGCAUCAAGCCACCAGUGGGCUUCAGUUCCCCACGACAUAGCAGCAGGCGGGGUAGCAGCAUCGAUGAUUCCAUCUUUGAUGACAUCGUACGCGGAAAAAAACAGUCUCUGGGCAGCGGUUACUUUGACGACGCAGGUGUCUGGGUACCMGGAUUAAAGCCGUUUCGUAGCCAGGAGUCUUUGAAUGACGAUAGUUUCGGUAGGAGCUUUCUUCGAGGGCCAGGACUGUUUAGUAAAAAGCGCAAAGAAGCGAACGAUAAGGAUAAAUCGUUAAGCAAAUCAGGUCGCUACCAGGGCAAUACCAAGAAUAAUACAGAAGUUACAGAAUUAUUAGAUCUUCUUAGUAGAGCACAGGGUAAAAGGAUGGAUGAUCAAAGAGGAGAGCUUGGCAAACACAGUUUCGAACUUCCCGACUUUUUACGUAUUCCUGGUAGUACCAUUUCGCCCUUAAACGAGACCCAAAAUUCUCCAGCGCCAAUCCCACCGCCACCGCCACCACUCCCUGUGUUGCCACUUCACACCACUGGAAGCUUAAAGUUAAGAGGAGAGACUCGACCUGUUGUACGAAAGACACGAUCAACUCCAUCCGGUGGAGGAGACUUAAUGUCAGAGUUGGCUGAUAAAUUAAGACGGCGAUCUACGUCAGAGAACAYGCCAAUUCCUGAGGGUCACGAGAGCGAAGACAGCGCGCGCUCAUCAGGUAAACCAUAUGAUUCAAGUUUAAGUACAGCGUCACCAUGGGAGCCACGUGGCGAACGUUAUCGUAGGAUCAAUACGGUUCGCCCCAGGACAACGGAUGGUGCUGUAUUCAAGGUUGAGGCGGUGACSCCUGUUCGAUUAGACCGGCCUAUGAGCCCAACUGGCGUAACCAUAUUACACUCUGAAAGCAUGCCUGAUACCCUACAGUCACGCACACGUAGUACCCAACCACUUACAGUGAAUGCUAUUCGCGGGUUUCCAACAUCCACGGGCAAUAUAAUGAACAGAAUAGAUGAAACUGACAAAAGCUUCCGGGUCGUACAGGCCGUCCAGGUGCAUAAAUACAACACCAAGCAGAGAACUCUCUCGUCGUCUAGUGCACCCGAUUACUCCACGAACAUACCGUAUGUUUACGAAGUAUCUGAUGACCAAGAAAUGACAAAACCAUCGAUCAAAAGACGCCAAAGUGAUGGUGUGACAAGUUGUGCUAAAGGAAAUCUCUCUCCAUUUCAUAUCCCACAGAUUAAUUCACGAAAGACGGAGGUUUUCGUACCAACUACACCUGGAAUUAAACCUUACCGCAUUCUAAGCUCCGAGUCCAAACCACGUCCUAAGCCAAUAACAAAYUCGGCCGAGUUAAUGGCAGGUCUUGAAGAAGACAUGAAUAUACCCCCUAUAGUACCACCCCCUCCCCCGUGUGAUCUUAGUCUUUCAUCGUUUGUUUCACCAAGAGUGGUGCCUACGACUUCGUCAGAUAGAAAUACCACUAGUCCUUUACCACUUCCCCCUUCACCAAUACCCGACCACCUGGGUGAGCUAGAAAUCGCGAAUUUUCCUCCACCAACUCCGCUGACCAAUUUCAAGGGAAAGGUAAAUCAAUGUACACCAUUGACCACGCCCAGUGAUGCCAUAAAUAAGACAAUAACACCAGGAACUAGUGAAAGAACCRUUGUUGAGGAUCCUUAUGAUGAAGGAACGCCUUACGGUACACAUAAGAACCCAAACAGAGACCCUGCUUCUAUGGCCUUCGAGGAUUCUCGGACGGCAGUUGGUGGGACAGAAAUUCCGAAGAAACUAGACCCGUAUGUGACAUAUGAGAGUGACGAUAUGAGAAUUACAUUUGUCUGAGAGUACUUCGGGUACUCCCUCUAUUGCAUGCAUUUCUUUACUCUUUUGCUAAUGAUUUUCGGUCCGUUGAUCUUUGCCCUCUCGACGCCAUGCAGUAGCUAUUGGAUGGUUUUCUAUUAAGUACAGUUGAAUAUUUCACCAGUAAUUUGAUGCUAUUAAUAAGGGCGCGUUGUAUAUAUAAUAACAUAUUCGAGUAAARUACUACCCAUUGAUAUUUUAUAAAAAUCAUCAAACAAUCAUAUUUUCCUAUAAAUAUCUCAAUGUUUAGCCAAAGAAUUCACUUUAUAAGAGAGCCAUUUCGCAAAUUUCAAAUUAAGUACGUUUUAGAAGAAAGUCCUAGUGAACUUGUUAUUAAAAACCAACUGAGGUACCUUGGUGUUUACAUUCCACCUAACUCUUGUUUUGCGUUCGUGUAUUUCAUAAGAAGUGGCUAAUAUGUGAUAUUUAAAGGAUAAAAAUAGCAAAGAUGASAGAAACACAUAGGAAUUAUAUUUACGGUGUUUGUAAAAUUAUCAGGAAAUCUAUUUUUGAGUUUUUAURAUGAUAUUGUGUUCUCUGCACUCUAAAGUAUUUUAUUUAUCUUUAAGCUUCACGAAAUAACGUUAUAUUAUAGGAAACUAAAUAUUUUUGAACUUUGACGAGAAUAUCUAUCAGAUAUGGAUGAAGUUAAAGAACUCCUUUUUAAUGUGAAACGAUAUAACUACUAUGAAAGUUUAUUAUGGAACUAUUUCGCAUCUAUUGUAUUUUGGGGGCGUCCAGUGCCAGUUAGUUGACCUCAAAACAAGUCGACCACACCUGAUAAUAAUAUAAAAAUUAGGUAACACCUWAUAGCGGAGCUCCAAUAUAUGGCAAAAAGAAGAGAAUUAUGCAGUUCUAUUUCAAGGAUAGCCUUAGUAGACGUACGCUGUUUYGAGGAAUGUAUGCGAAUAAAUAUUCUACACAUA